UAAAAGGGUCAUUCACCUGCCGCCGCACCGUUAGUCCAGAGGAAAGAGCAAGGUGCUCACUGUUAAAUCAGCACUGGGAGAAGGAAGAGGCAGAGAUGGCUGCAACAACUGCUCAGCCUAUGGGGAGCCUGCCCAGUGGACUGGGAAUAUGCACCACAGCGCCGGAUAUAUUUUACAUACCUGAACUGGUAUUUGGUGGUUUGGUUUGGAUUCUAGUUGCAUCGACACAUGUGGCCCCACCAAACCCUCUGGGGUGGGUGAUGUUCGUCUCUGUUUUCUGCUUUGUCAUGACCUUCCUCUGGAUGAUCAUCUUCGCUGCGGGAGGUCAUAAAAACAGUUCUCACUGGGCUGCUGCUGAUUUUGCUUACCAUGGCCUGGCAGCGCUCUUUUUUUUAAGUGCAGGGGUGGAUUUGGCUAUCGUCACAGUCGGGGCGAAAGGCGGUGAAAUUAAAAUCUACCGGACUUACAUUUCUGCUGUGGUGUUCGCCUUCGUGGCCACACUCCUGUACUUCAUCCAUGCCAUUCUGUCAGCCAUCCGAUGGAAAUAUUUCUGAAGAGUGAAUAGCAGACCUGCAAGAAAGUAGUACACUCCAUCUGCUGUGCACAUCUAUGUCCCUGACUGUCUAUGUGUGUCUUUGUCUGUUGGAUAAUGCAUUUAAGUCACAUUAGAUUGGUCAGAAUUGGUCUUGACUGUAUGUGAGAGCAUGACUUUCUUGCUUUGCAACAUUAUCAAAAUACCAAAUACUUUAACAUACAAAAACUCACACAGCACAUACCUGAGGUCACAGUGAAAAACUGUAUCCCUUCCUUUUUUCCCCCAUAACACACUAUAUUGUGAAAUUGGUUAUGACUUUGUAAAGGAGAACUAUAGAUUUUAAAGCAGAGGAAAAACGUAAACAAAUCAAAACUUAUAUUCUAUAAACACAAUUUAAAUUUCAAAGAGUAAGUGAUCAACUAGACAAAAGUCAUAUUCUUUUAACCUCAAACCUCAGAAUAAUGUUGUCGAGCCAGUGAUUAUAUCUUCACAAAAAGAAUGGGUCAUUUUUUUCAACAGUUUAGAGAAUAUGGUGUCAAUGCUGUUAUUGUAGAAUGAAAUUCAUCACAAACAUACAAAGCUAGUAGCAUUAAAUACAUUAAAUGCAUUUUUAUAUUUUAUGUUUCUCCCUUUGUAUUAUCUGUGUUGAAAUAUUAAUAAUAUAACUGGAUUUAUUUAAAAAAUCAAAUAUAUGCAUGUAAUUAAAAAAAUUAAAAAGAGUAGAAGACAAAAUAAGAGGAGGUGACGAACAGAGUUAAUGUUGCUGGAUUAAAUUUUUAUAGUUUUGUAUUCUGAAGAUUAUUAAAAUAAGAAAAUGAACUAUA